AUGUGCGAUUCUAAUGACCUACAAAAACUGCUGAGUCAACUUUUGGUAACAGACAAUUUGGCACUGAUAUUAAAUGACCUUGAUGCUUUACCAGAGGUUAACCAGGAAUUGAAUCUUACUAUUAAAUGUGGUCAUCAACAACUCACUGGUGCCUUUGUUGCACCCGAACAGUUGUGGCCUUUCUCAACCCCAUUUGAUGAUAGUAAAAUGCCCGGAUAUAAUGAGAAGACAGAUAUAUGGAAAGCUGCAUCUGUUUGUGAACAUUUGCUGGAGGAUGUUCCAAAUAGUGAUAUGGCACGCUAUCAUUUGUUUUCUCUGCAUAAAAGCUGCAAAAAUCCAAACCCUGAAAGGCGCCCUACAGCACAUCAACUUGUGAAGGAAUACUUAAAAGUCAUUGAGGAAAUGGAUAAUGACUUGUAA